AUGGAGAGGAAGCUGCUUCACUGGGAUGUGAUUCAGGAAAUUCUGUUGAGAUUACCUGUGAAAUCUCUCAUUCGUUUCAAGUGUGUGUGCAAAUCAUGGCAUUCUCUCAUCUCUGACCCUCACUUUGCAAAAUCUCAUUACGAGCUAUCUGCCGCACCCUCCCUCAAGUUUCUACGUAUAGCGUGUUCUGGUUUCGAAGCUCUAUCCAUCGAUGUUUAUGCACCGCUUAACGUUGGAAGGCUCAUUCCACCACUCCUACCUCCAAAUCCAGAUAAAGAUGUUUAUAUUUGUGGCUUCUGCAGAGGGUUUGUCCUUAUAGAAAGAUACCCAAACUUUUGUAUUUGGAACCCAUCAACUGGUUCCCACAGAGAGCUAUCGUGCCCUGAGAUUUGGAAAGAAGAGCAUCAAUUUGUGACGAUCCGCCUAGCUGGUUUCGGGUAUGACCCAUCUACUGAUGAUUAUUUGGUAGCUGUGCUUUUUGACUCAGCCUUUGAUGAUGAAAUUUAUACGGUAAAACGUUUGAUGCUUUUCUCUUUGAGAACCAAUAUAUGGAAAGAAAUUCAGGGCUCUCAUCUUCCCGACUUGAGUGUUUAUCAAUAUCAAUCAUUUUUCUUUAAUGACGUUGUUCAUUGGUUGGCUUGCCGUGAUGAACCGUUCCAUUGUGUAAUUCUUGCCUUUGAUUUGGAGAAAAAGAAUUUUUAUGAGAUAUCUCUGCCACAUCUUGACGUCAACCAUUCCUUUUCUUACAGUGAGUUGGGAACUAUGGGAGAAUGUCUCUGUUUUUGUUGUCAUUUUGGCGAUGAUACUAAAACUCAGGUGUGGAUUAUGAAAGAAUAUAAAGUGCAGUCAUCUUGGACUAUGCUUGAGAUUCCUACGCACCUUUCCGUUGUAUGCAUGGCAAAAGGUGGUGAACUUAUUGCAUUACGUUUUGAUGAUACAGAAUUGUUGAAAUUUAAUGACAAAGGUCAACUGCUGGAACGUUGCAUGUUUGAUUUUCGGUGUUGGAAUUGGGUGUUGGAAUUUGGUUUUGGUAUGUAUACGGACAGUCUACUUUCACUCCCCAGGGAUUGUGAUGGAAACACACCGUCAACAGAAAUAGACCAGGAGAAUCGGAAUGUCUAA